UGCAUUUUAGUACUUAAGUACAGUACUUAAGUGGUUCCACUUCGUUACUAUACAUCUCUGCAUACAUGUCUACACAUAACUUUUAAACUUUUACAAUACCUGGUUGAUGCGUUCCUGGAUGAGUGCAAGGUAAAUAACAUUAUCUCCGUGGUGGAAAAAGCAUACUAAUUACAUGCUAAUUACAAAGUCUAAGACUAUAAAAGACUCUGAGGUAUAGCAGGAAAGAAAUAUCAAGGUGCAAAACUGUACAGUACCUGGUUCAGUGUCUUUAUUCAAAUGCAAGCUAUAGUGCCGAGCUGAGUUCACACGUUAGAGCCAGUGAGAGUUUAUAUAGUAUUAAUAUAAUAAUCUGUCAAAAUAUUUCACUUUCUUUUCUUUUUAAUGUAGAAAGAUCUGUCAGUACAGUGCAGGACCACAACCAGGUUCUUUUUUUUUUCAAACAUAUUUUUAUUGAACUUUUUUGCAAAGCAUUUGUAGAAAGGAGCAACAUAAAAUAUACAUUAGCACACAUACACAAACAAUAAUAAUAAUAAUAAUUCAAUUGUUGUAGUCUGAGUCUCAAGCUGCAGGAGGAUGGGCUAACCUUGCCAGAGUCACUGCAUGCCUUUGAAACUGCAGUGCUGAAGCUGAUAGCCAUGGAGACAGAGUCAGGAGAGCAUGUUGAGGGCUUUCUAGCACAAACUGGAGAGGGAAGUUUUCACAAUGUGCAGCUGGUAGGGUUCGGUGAAAGAAGAGAGGUGUUCAGCAGAGUGAAGAAGGAGCUCCUGUCCUCUGUGGUUGCCAGCCUGCAACACCGUUUUCAGGGUGUUGAAUCCCAUCGAGUGUUGUUAGCUGCAUCAAGGCUUGUGGAUCCUCGGGAGUGGCCUGCUGACCAGCAGGAGCUGGCCAGCUAUGGAAGUGACCAUGUCAACACAGUCACUGAGCACUUUGCCGAUGUGCUCGACCACAUGGGCUGUGAUCGGGUAAAGGCAAAGUGCAUAGAAUGGCCUAGUGCUAAGGUCAUCAUCAAGUCCCUACCUCAGAGCCUUCAACAGAAUGCCUGGCAGGACUUUUUUGUGGCUGAUGAUAGAAGAAAAACCUUUUGCAACCUCCUUCUCAUCGUGGAGCUUAUCCUGGUCAUGCCACUGUCCACAGCAUCUGUUGAGAGGGGCUUCAGUGCCAUGAAACGGAUCAAAACCGAUUGGAGGAGCAACCUCAGUGUAAAUACACUGACACAGCUGCUCUUCAUUAGUCUGGAGGGUCUAGACCUUGAGGACUUCAACUCCAUGUCUGUGGUGGACAGGUGGCUGAAGGGGCUUGGAGUGAACACACACACACCUUUUUUCCCACUCACUGUUCUAUGUGAUUGUGUUCUACGGCAGAUGCGUUCUUUUUUAGUUAGUUAUUAUUAGAAAGAGAAAUUAUUAUCUGAAAUGUGUAAAUUGUAAAAAUGUAAAUGAAAUGAAUUUAAUAAAUCAAAAUUUGGGUAAAAAAAAAAAAAGAUUUAUUUUCAUUUUUGUCGUCCGGGCCAGUGAAAAUACCCAAGGGGCCAGUAUAAUAAAACCUUUAAAGACCAAUUGAUUGACUCAAGAUCCUUAUAGACACGUGUACUCUUUUCCAACACAAUGCAGUUCAGUAAAAGUA